GAUUCCAUUCUCGUCAAUCACCACUAAAAAAUCUCAGUGUUUUUGUUCCCCGAUCGUUUUCAUCCUUCCUGCUGCAAAAAAGAUGUUGUCUUGACGAUCCAGACAAGCUACUGUUGAUCGCCCAACCAUCAGGAGCUUCAGUUCUUGAAGGGGCUUUUGAUCUCGUGUGUUACAUUGGGGAGCUUCGAGGCUGGGGUUGCGCGAUGAGCCUCCGGAGCUUGAAUCUGUUGGUGAUGAUCCUCGUGACCCUGUUGAGCUCUGGUGCGGGCAAGCCCAGCGGCGAGCAGCCCCUUUCGAGAAUUGAGAUACACAAGACCACUCUCGCCCUCCAUGAUUCGGCUUACGUCGAGGCCUCUCCUCGUGUUCUCGGAUUGCAGGGUCAAAACAGUGACUGGGUGACUUUACAGUAUAGUUAUCCAAGUCCAUCAAAUGACGAUUGGAUUGGAGUUUUCUCUCCUGCAAGUUUCAGUUCUUCCAUCUGUCUGCCGGAAAAUCCAAAAGAAAGUCCUCCACUGCUAUGCACUGCACCUAUCAAGUACCAAUAUGCGAAUUAUACCACCUCAGACUACCGCAAUACAGGAAAGGGAUCAUUGAAGCUUCAGCUAAUCAAUCAGAGAGAGGAUUUCUCCUUUGCACUAUUUUCUGGAGGGCUCUCAAAUCCAAAGUUGGUUGCUGUCUCAAAAAAAGUAACUUUUGCAAAUCCAAAAGCACCAGUGUACCCUAGGCUGGCUCAAGGAAAGUUGUGGAAUGAAAUGAGUGUUACAUGGACAAGUGGAUAUGGAAUUAAUGAAGCAGAACCUUUUGUUGAAUGGGGUGCACGAGGAGAUUCUCAAGUCCGCUCCCCAGCUGGGACAUUAACUUUCAGUCGUAACAGCAUGUGUGGUGCACCUGCUCGGACAGUGGGUUGGCGAGAUCCUGGUUUCAUACACACUAGUUUUCUGAAGGACUUAUGGCCUAAUAAAAUGUAUACUUACAAAUUGGGACAUAAAUUGAUCAAUGAUUCAUAUGUUUGGAGCCGGUCAUACAGCUUUAAAGCAUCUCCAUAUCCUGGGCAAGAUUCUUUACAGCAGGUUGUCAUUUUUGGUGAUAUGGGAAAGGCUGAGGCUGAUGGUUCAAAUGAGUACAACAACUUCCAGCCUGGCUCUCUUAACACUACUUAUCAGCUUAUCAAGGACCUAAAGAAUAUUGACAUAGUUCUCCACAUUGGUGAUAUCUGCUAUGCAAAUGGUUAUAUCUCACAGUGGGACCAAUUUACCUCACAGAUUGAACCUAUUGCUUCAGCUUUGCCUUAUAUGAUUGGAAGAGGUAACCAUGAACGGGACUGGCCCGGGACAGGAUCAUUCUAUCAGAAUACAGAUUCAGGUGGAGAAUGUGGUGUACUGUCUGAAACUAUGUUUUAUGUUCCUGCCGAAAACAGAGCAAAGCUUUGGUAUUCGACCGAUUAUGGCAUGUUCCACUUUUGUAUAGCUGACACUGAGCAUGACUGGAGACCAGGAACCGAGCAAUACAGCUUCAUCGAACAUUGCUUGUCAACAGUUGAUAGACAGAAACAACCAUGGUUGAUCUUCCUUGCUCACCGGGUUCUUGGUUACUCUUCUGCCGAUUUCUAUGGUGAUGAAGGAACAUCUGAGGAGCCUAUGGGAAGAGAAAGCCUUCAAGAACUCUGGCAGAAGUACAAGGUUGACAUUGCCUUUUUUGGACAUGUACACAACUAUGAAAGAACAUGCCCAGUCUAUCAGAACACCUGCAUACGGAACGGAUCUAACUAUUACAGUGGCCCCUUCGAAGCAACCACACAUGUAGUUGUCGGAGGUGGAGGUGCCAGCCUUGCUGACUUCACCACGGUCCGAGCGAGAUGGAGUUACUAUCAAGACCAUGACUACGGGUUCGUAAAGCUCACAGCCUUCAACCAUUCGAUGCUGCUACUCGAGUACAAAAGGAGCAGCGAUGGAAGGGUCUACGAUCACUUCAUCAUCUCCCGGGAUUACCGUGAUGUUCUCGGUUGUGCCGUUGACAGUUGCUCAAGAACAACCCUGGCUUCUUGAACAUGGCCACUGAGGCUGCAUCGAUCUCCAUGGAGGAAAAGUCAUCUGUUAUUAUGGUUGAUACUCAUUUAUGUCGCAUGUUGAUCGAUUCUUCUGUGGUGAUUCAGAAUUCUUAUUGUUCUGGGAAACAGAAAUCUCAGAGUAAGGAUUUGGUAGAUGCGAACUUUCACCGUCUGCCUCUUUAGCUUGCGUCCACUAGAACUCUUUCUGGGAAUCUCGAUGAUACGAUGAGAUUAAUGCUUUUAGAGUCUCUUUCAAGCA